AUGCAACAAGCCUUGUUCGCCCGUUCUUCGCGAAUGUCUUCGCGUGAGCGUGGUCAUGCCUCCGAUGAAGAUCUUGGUGAAAGUGAGGAGCUCGACGCCGCCGUGUCGGCCAAGUUUUUCGGGGAUGUCUUCAACACCUUCGCAGGCGUUGCCAAUGCUCUGGCCGAUGCAGGCAUGACAGUGGGCUCGGCGGUCGCCAACGCCGUCACCGUGGUAGGAAGUCGCGUCAUCGAAGCCCCCACCAUGCGGAUCAGCGACUUCGACGACACGAUGACAGACCUCGUCAACGAUGUGGGAAGCCAAGCCUCGCAAGUCCUUGAUGUGACAGCAACAACAACAAGGCAGCUUGCCCAAAAAAGCGCAAGAAUGACGAUCCGUCUUGCAGAGACGACCCUGGAGCAUGCGAAGAAGACGGCUGAGCAAGGAGCAAAGGUGGCCACCGCGGUUGGGAACGCCAUCGCAAAUGCUGCGGUGGCCUUCGGAAACGAGGUUGCCAAGGUUGGGCCUCUGGUUGUGGGGAUGUCGCAAACGGUUUGGAACCAAGUGAAGAGUUUCAUCAACUGCGCGCGGCUCUCCACGUCAGUGUCCCUUUGCCACGUGCUGAUCGGGAAAGAGUGUGAUUGCAAUGCUGGGAGCUACGUCAGGUUUACGUCCAGCCAGAUGGAGGUGCGGUGCAAAUUCUCGAGAACCUCGGAGUUUGCUGCGGGCGUGGGGAUCAGAACGACCAGUGCUAAGACCAAAACGCCAAAUGUUCUUCCGGGAAGUGAUUACGAGCAAGCUUUCAAGACGGUCGAUCAGGUCAUGAAAUCACACGACAUCAUGAAAGAGCCUCGCACUAACUCCCGUGAGCUCAAUGUCUUUGAAGCUUCUUUGUCGCGACAGGCCGGCCUCCAUGUGGCCGUCGACGGGGUCUCCCAGUUCAGCCCAGAUACUGGGCUCUUGCUGAUCGACUUUUGCCAUGAUGUCACGGUCACUGUCCAGAACAACGGGUGGACAAAGCUCGCUGGCCGGCAAGGUCUUGUUGGUACGUCUAGUGCUCUACGGAUUGUGAUCAGUGGCGAGAUCCGGGCGUCCUACGACACUUACAUCAAGGGGCAGGGCAGUUGCACUUACACGUACUGGAGGCACCUGCGCAAACCCAAGAAGAAGAUGUUCUGCGCAGGGAAGUUUUGCCUCCUAUUCGUGCUCCAGACGAAAGUGGAGCUGGUGGGAAAAGGAUCUCUAACAGGAACUGUCGAGUUUUCCAACGAAGCGCGGUUCAGCGUAUCCGCCACCGUCACGGUCGACAAGAAUGGCAAUUCUGAGGUCAGCGUGGAGACACCGGAAAUGAGGCACCAGGAGGAGGUCCAAAUUGCGGCGAGCGCAGACGCCUCGGUGAGAUUGAGUGUGGGCCCGGAGUUCAUGGUGUGGCCCUUACCUGGUAUUCCUGUCACUUUCGCGCCCAAGCUCCAUGCAGAAGCCAAAGCGAAGGGCACGAUAACACACCCCGGGGCAGGCAUGGUGUCGAAAUCCGUGCUGAUUCAUGAUGUGAUAUCUCUCCGUAGGCGGUUUCCUGUAUUGUUUAGGUUGUUGGGUUUAGGACUUGGGGUGUUAAUCGCACCAUACCGUUAG